AUGUCCUUCGAUCCCCACAAUGUCGACCUGGACACGGCCGACGCCGCCGACAUCGUCUGCUACCUCAAUGCAGAGGGCAACGAGUAUGACGGCCGGAUGGGCGCUCGCAUCUCCGCCAUCUUCGUGAUCAUGAUCGUCUCAUCAGCCGCCACAUUCUUCCCUGUUCUCGCGCAGCGCGCCCCUCGCCUCCGCAUUCCCCUCUACGUCUACCUCUUCGCCAAGUACUUCGGUGCCGGUGUCAUUAUCGCAACAGCCUUCAUCCAUCUCCUCGACCCCGCCUACGGUGAAAUCGGCAGCGGAUCCUGCGUCGCCCUCACCGGCCACUGGGCCGACUACUCAUGGUGUCCCGCCAUCGUCCUCACCUCCUUGAUGGCCGUCUUCCUGAUGGACUUCGGCGCCGAGCGCUAUGUCGAGAAGAAGUACGGCGUCUGUCGCGAUGACCCUGAGCCCAUUAUGGCAUCUGUCCCUGAAGUCACCCGCGUUUCCUCCCGCGUCUCCGCUCGUCACUCCGACGACAAGCAAGUCAAGGAAGUUGAGUCUCAGACUGAGGAACUUGCUAUCGAGCGCUCCGUCAGACAGCAGUUUGCCGCACUCCUGAUCCUCGAAUUCGGUGUCAUCUUCCACUCCGUCAUUAUCGGUCUCAACCUCGGUGUUGCUGGUGAUGAGUUCGCAACCCUCUACCCAGUCCUGGUCUUCCAUCAAUCCUUCGAGGGUCUCGGUAUCGGCGCUAGAAUGUCUAGCAUUCCUUUCAAGAAGGGUAGCUGGGUUCCUUGGCUUCUGUGUGCCGCCUAUGGACUGACCACUCCUAUCGCUAUCGCUAUUGGACUCGGUCUCCGCGAGACUUACAACCCCGGCUCAUUCACAGCUAAUGUUGUCUCGGGUGUUCUGGAUGCCAUCUCUGCCGGUAUUCUUCUCUACACUGGCCUGGUUGAGCUGCUUGCGCGUGACUUCUUGUUCGACCCUCACCGUACCCAGGAUGAUCGUCGUCUGACUUUCAUGAUCGUGACCCUGCUUCUUGGUGCUGGUAUUAUGGCUCUGCUUGGAAAGUGGGCUUAA